UUAAUGCUGCAACGUCGCUGCCACAUGCCGCAGCUACUGCUGUUGCUGCUGCUGCGACUGCUGUGACUGCUACUCCCGGGGUAAAAAAUUUAGGCCCAGCGUGAUGGACGGCGAUGGACGGGCAGCCAGGAAAGAGAUAGAAACCGAGCCAGCGCUGCAUAAAGGCUGAAGCGGAGAAGGCAGGAAGCCAAAACACGCCGGAUCCGGUGGGCAGCUUCGUCCUCGCCGUUUCCACCAGCCUCAACUCUUUCCCUCCAUUCCCUCCAUCCUUCCUGCCAACUCUCUCAUGCGCUGUCCCUCCCCCCCUCCGCUUUAGCCUUUUGGUGUGCCGCCGCCAAAUAACAGCGCAUUGAACCACGACUCCCCGGAGUGGCCUGCCGCCGACUCACAGUGAGUGACCUUGCCCCAAACGCAACCCUCCUAACCCUUGUUCCUCUCAAUCUCUCGUGCUCCCUUCCUGGACAAAAGCCUCUCAAUUCCACCACCCACCACUACCACCACACGACCGAGCGCUCGCUCGUUCCAAUCCCAUCUCCAGCCAAUUCUCCAUCUCCUCCCCCAUCCCACUCCUCCUCUCUGUCUCCUCACCCUCCUUCUCUUCUCUUCGGCCCUCCAAACCCUCGCCGAUACCUCUGCCUCGGUGCGUAUCGAACCCCCAAACCGUCCCGUUCGGCCGCCGGUCCUAGCUCUGCGCCAUUGUCUCGGCCCGUUGUUGGGAGGCUCCGUACCCUGCCAACUUUUGUCGCUCCCCUCCCGAGCCCUGCGAGCCCAGCCAACCGUCAGCCCUAGGUCCCCCUCGGUCGCCGGCCGCCGCCCCGUCACGGCCGCCUCGUCUAAUCGGAGCCUUAUCUUGUUGCUAACCGUGCCCCGUGCGGCGAACAACAAAAGUCACGACCAAAAAAAAAAAUCCCACGCCCCCGCCUUUGCGAAAAAAAGAAGACAAAAUUCCCAGGCCAUUGACCCUCCUCAAGAAAGCUCGCCGGGAGCUCGGUUGCUGUAGUCUCGUCUCGUCAUUUCGUUGCGCGCGCUCGACAAACAGCGAAGCUCGUCAACCCUGUCGGCUCCAAUCCCCCGCCCACAUCAAUCAACACCACCCCUCGCAGCCUUGCGAGCGAUUACGUGGGGGCCGUCGUCAUUUUCCGCGCGCCACUCCGUGUCUACACCCCUGAACCCACUCAGCCUCAUCCCAUAAUGUCUACGUCGGACGCUAUGGCAAACGACCUCAACGACAACAUGGAUCACCUCAAGGUGGGCGAUGAUGAGCCGCGUCUGGGUCCCGACGGAGGGCCCGCGCCCAAGACCGACGAGGAGUAUGCCCAGGCCCAGCUUACUGUGCGCGCCAUAGUCUCCUCGAAGGAGGCCGGUGUCAUUAUCGGCAAGGGUGGCAAGAAUGUCGCCGACUUGCGCGACGAGACGGGCGUCAGGGCCGGCGUCAGCAAGGUGGUCCAGGGUGUGCACGAUCGCGUCCUGACCAUCACGGGCGGCUGCGACGCCAUCUCCAAGGCAUAUGCCAUUGUGGCGCGUGCCCUCCUCGAGGGUGCCCCAACCCUGGGAAUGGGCGGGGUCGUCCAGAGCAAUGGAACACAUCCCAUCAAGCUCCUCAUCUCCCACAAUCAGAUGGGCACCAUCAUCGGCAGGGAAGGUCUGAAGAUCAAGCACAUCCAAGACGUCUCUGGCGUCCGCAUGGUUGCUCAGAAGGAUAUGCUGCCCCAGUCUAACGAGAGGGUGGUUGAGGUCCAGGGCACGCCAGAGGGCAUCCAGAGGGCUGUGUGGGAGAUCUGCAAGUGUCUGAUAGAUGACUGGCAGCGUGCCACAGGAACCGUUCUGUACAACCCCGCUGUCCGGACGCAACCCGGCGGCGCACCGCCACUGACCACCGGAGGACCUGGUUACAACAGCACUGGCGCCAGGGGUGACUACGGCAGCAGCCCCAGGGUCACACGCACUGGAAACGGCGCCGACUUCAGCAACGGCAGCACCCCGCGUUUGUACAACCGCCGCUCCGAUUCGGACGCAGCGAACCGAGGCCCUCCAACUCACGACGAGAAUGGCGAGGAGAUCCAGACCCAGAACAUCAGUAUCCCCGCCAACAUGGUUGGAUGUAUCAUCGGCCGGGCCGGCAGCAAGAUUAGCGAGAUCCGGAAAGCAUCAGGCGCCCGUAUCUCCAUCGCAAAGGCUCCUCAUGACGAGACGGGCGAGCGCAUGUUCACCAUCAUGGGCUCUGCCAAGGCCAACGAAAGCGCUCUGUUCCUGCUCUACGAGAACCUCGAGGCUGAGAAGAUACGCAGGAGCCAGGCCACCCAGCCCGAGUAAAUCGGGUUUCGUGGUGUGAUGUUCUGCCAGACAGCCACGCAACACUGCACCCUCUGCUCCAGCCCGAACAUCUCUGCGUUUUACCUCUGGGGCUCUUUCUCCGCACACGAACCAUCUCAUCUCACUGGGUCCUCUAAUUCUUGUUCUUUCUCGGUCAGACUUUGGUAAUCCCUUCGUUUUCUCCGAAGCAUAUCCAGACCUGACUUGCCGCAAGGCUGACUGACCCAUUUUGGCGGGCCGGGACGGCGACACCACGAUGCGAUGACAAUUUUUUAUUGCUCGACCUACUCACUCCAUAUCGGACUCUAUCAUGUUCCCUCCCCUUAUCUCCGCCAAAAACAAAACAAAUCUACCCCACUCGAAAAAAAAAGAAGAAAAGAAAAAGCCUUGAAAAAAAAAGAUCGAAGCAAAUCGCAACGGUCAUGGCAGGACACAUCCUGAAAUCACCGACCCUGUCUCACUCAUUCAACCCGGAUCCUCUCCUCCCAUUAUCAUCUCUUUUUUUCCACCACCAUCGCACGGGCUCCACUGACGAAGAUUGGUCGACAAUGAUGACUGAACGACGACGGACAGGGUCCAGUGCCCUGGAUACGACUGAUGCGAUGAUUUCGCACGAAAUUAUCCCCUCGGCAGGUUAUCAGUAUAUGCCAGCUUUGGCAUGGACUGAUUUUUGCCCUUUUUCGGGUUCGCUCUUGUCGUGUAUCCAAGUUUUCCAUCUUGGACCCGAUGCAGAGGCUAGAAACACACGAUUAGCCUCACUGCUUUGAUGCAUCGGAGGACUUUUCGCGAGAUGCCCUACCGCUGCUUUUCCUUGCCUCGGCUCGAAUCGAUGUUCUCGUCACGGACUUGCCCCUCCCGCCUCGCCGUCGCCGAGUCUGCUCGGUUGUCUGCCUGUAUUCAUCCCCUGCUCCAUCAUGAAGCCCGGGCGCCCGCAUUAUCAACGGAACUUUGCACGUUCGUAAAACGUGUCCUCCUGUACCUGAAAGCAGACAUUCUUGUACCCGCGCAGUUUUUGAGGUUGAACACACGGUUUGGACCAGACAUAGGCGGAAUUCCGGAGCGAAAUCCCCCCCCCCCCCAAAAAAAAAAUCCCCCCAAAAGAUUUUACCAUAGCAAUAGUGCCCGUCAUCCAUAUCCUCGUUCUCUUUUUUUUCUUUUUCCCCAGCCGACUCUUUGUCUCGCUGACGUUGUUAUACUCGAUCGUGGCUAUGAUGUUUUAUCGGAAAAGACAAGGUCGUCGAAUCGUGCAAUGCUUACGCUUGGAGACAAUCAGGGGAUGACAAUGCCCGAGGCGGACUUUGUAAGCCUGCGGAGGCAGUUGACAGUGAUUCGAUGUUCUCGAGUCGCUUUAUGAUAGCCUCGUAUUAGUUGAUAAAUCAAGGCUAGACGUAGAGGUACCUA